UGAGUUGAUCUGUGCUUUGGUGGGGAUGUCGAGGAGAGAAGACCCGAGGGAGUUAUAUAUGGCUGUGGGUGACGCACGCUGCAGAUCACGUACAGUCGCCGAACAUUCGACUGGGUGGCGCGCCGGGGGAAUGCUGAAGUUGCCGCGAAGAUGAAGUUUGUUCUGAUCGUUUUGUGAAUCUGUCCCAUUCAUCCAAGGCCAUGGCCACUGCAAACCGUACGAGAAUUACCUGCCUUCCAGUCCGGGCAUGCACCCUGCAUCGACUCGCACCCACCGCGUACCGGCACCGGCAGCGCGUAUCAAGUACUCCUCCAUCCUCCGUCCUCCCCAACGACCAUUGAUCCCUCGAGCCAGUAUGAAGUACUGGAAGAAAGGAUGGCUCGGCCACUACGAUGACAAAAAAGUCGGCCAAAUGGUCUUCUCCAUCCACGUCACCCCCGACGGAGACCGCCUGGCAACAGCCGGCGUCGACGGAAAAAUCCGAAUAUGGUCAACAGCCUCCAUCCUCUCCCCCGAAGACGAUCCCAACACGCCGAAACAGCUGUGUUCGAUGAGUACGCAUAACGGCGCCGUGACAUGUGUGCGAUUCAGCCCGGAUGGAAGGUAUCUGGCGAGUGGAUCGGAUGAUAAGAUCGUCAUGAUAUGGGAACGCGACAUCUCCGGCGUCGGCCUCGGAAAAGUAUUUGGGUCGAAUGAAACUAAUGUCGAAAACUGGCGGUGCACAAAACGUCUCGUCGGGCACGAAAACGAUAUCCAAGACCUCGCAUGGUCCCACGAUGGUUCCCUCCUCGUCACAGUCGGCCUAGACUCCCUAAUCAUGAUCUGGUCCCCACCCACCUUCACCCGCCUCCGCACCCUCAAAUCCCACCAAUCCCACAUAAAAGGCAUAACCUUCGACCCUGCCUCCCGCUACUUCGCCACCUCCUCCGACGACCGCUCCGUCCGAAUCAUCCGAACUUCCGACUUUGGGACGGAGGCAGUGUUGAGCGAACCAUUCAAGAACUCCAGUAUCGGGACGUAUUUUAGGAGAGUCGGAUGGAGUCCCGAGGGUGGAUUUUUGGGGGUUGGCAAUGCGAUGAAUGGGCCCGUCACGUGCGCGAGAGUCGUUCAACGCGGAACCUGGAAUUCCGAUCUCUCGCUUAUCGGACAUGAGGGCCCGGUGGAGGUGAUGUCCUUCUCACCUAUCGUCUACAAAAAAGAAGCACACAAAGAAGCGACGGACACAAACACCUACUGCAUCACCGCCUCCGCAGGCCAAGACAAACGUCUCGCACUAUGGUCAACAGAACGCUCACGCCCAAUCUUCAUCUCCGACGAAGUAUCCGAGAAAUCCAUCUCAGACAUCGCGUGGUCGCCCGACGGCCUCACACUCUUCGGUGCCUCCUACGAUGGCUCGAUUGUGAUGUUACGGUUUGAGCCUGGAGAGUUGGGGGUUGCGUGUUCGAAAGAGGAGGUGAUUGGGAUGUUGGGGAAGUAUGGACAUGGGAUGCGGGGAGUUGUGUAUCCUGAGUCUACGGAACAGCUGGAACGGGAGGAACGGACUGAUGCACGGGAGUUACAGACGAAGGGGAAGGGGGGAGGGGAUGUGAUGAUAUCUGACUUACCCCAAGCACAAGCACAAGCACAAGCACCAACAGCCUUUUCCGCCCCCGUCAUCCCCGCUGCAGUAGCUGUUCCCGUGCAGCAGACACCCUCAAAACCCCUUCAACAAAAAAUUACCGUAACAAAAGACGGGAGAAAACGCGUCGCGCCACAACUCCUCACCACAAUCUCCGGGGGUGGACACACCGCCGCCUCAGCCCUUCCUCAACCCGUCGCCGUUGCACAGUCAUCCAGUGGAGGUGGUGGAGGACAGAGAGUCAUUGAUCUGAGCGAGCCGAGUGCACAGUUGCCGCCUGGGGGGGUCAAGGCCCUCCUAGUCGGUAACAAGCGGAAACUCGACGCCGCGAAUGGAGCAGCUGUCGGAGGUGCGGCGGAGGGCGAGGAGUGGAUCCGCCCCGCUAUCGUAAACCCAGCCACCACGGUCUCCCAAAUCAGACUCAGCGUACCAAAAGUCAUCAGCGUCCUCUCCCACGAAGGAGGAGACCCCGACGCCACAACAACCCUCGAAGCCCGAAACGGUCGCGGCGAAGGCGAGCCAACGCGUCUCAACGCCGUUAAACGGGGAAUCCUCCAAUGGACAGAUUACACGCCGCGCUCGAUCCUCCUACUAACCUCAACACCCGAAUUCUACGCCGCGGCAUGCGAGGAUGGGAGCUUAUUAACCUGGUCCCGGAACGGAACCAGAUUGCUUCCCCCCAUCGUGCUCGAGAGCCAACCGGUGUUUUUGGAGGGGAUGGGGGGGUGGCUGAUGUGCGUCACCAGUGUCGGUAUGGUUCACGUCUGGAAUCUCACCACAUUCAAAGCAGCACACCCACCUAUCUCCCUAGCCUCCGUGUUAGAUGCGGCGGUGAUUGGGGGAACGGAGGUUCGUCGCGCGCCGGCGUUGACGCGGGCGAGUGUUACGGAUAAGGGCGCGGCUGUGAUCACGCUCACGGAUGGUGACGCAUUCACGUACUCCGCCUCUCUCCAAUCCUGGUUACGCGUCAGCGAAUCUUGGUGGAUGGUUGGGUCGCAAUACUGGGAUGCGUCGGGUAUGCUCCGGUCUCGUCUCGAUGAAGAAAAGGUUGGAAUUGUGGCUAUGAUGGAACGACGGACUGACGAGGCUGUGAUGCGUCUCGGCCGUGGACGAGUCCUGAAUCGGAUUGUGAAGGCGCCGGUGUUGAUGCGCAAGGGAUUCGAGGGGUUCGAGAUGAGUGUCAGUGUUUCGCAUUUGGAGAAUCGGUUGGGUGCUGCGUGCGUGCUCGGGUCGAAAGAAGAGUAUCGGACGACUUUAAUCACAUACGUGCAGCGACUCGCGAGUGAGGGGUUAAAGGAGAAACUGGAGGAGUUGUUUAAGGGGUUGUUGGGUCCUACUGCGUACGCUGAGAAAGGAGAUUGGGAACCGAUUGUUGCGGGGAAUGAGAAGAGGAAGUUGUUGAGGGAGGCGAUUGAGGCGAUUGGAAAGCAUAGAGAGUUGCAGAGGUUGAUGAGGGAGUAUGAGGAGGCGCUUGGGGAGCUCGAGGUUGAUGGUGCUACGACUGCGCAUGCUAUGGAGAUGUGAAGGAACUAAUAUCUGGAUGGGGGGACUUGGAUUGGGCGGGUUUCCUGGAUACCAUAUACAUUUUGGCAAUACGCGAGAGGAAUACAAUAUCAAAUAAUAAGCACGAUGAUUAGCAGCAGCUG